ACUCACCUAGCAACGUUAUCCUUUCCCCUUUCUUUAAACACCAGUCUCACCGCGCUACACAGACGAAGCACUAUGGCUCCUCUCCCCACCGAUUCCCCUCAAGCGGGCCUCGUAUCCUCCUCAUUCCGCCUCCACUCGAAGCCCCCUCUCCUAGACCGACCUCCCGCCGCCGUAGCGCGGCUUCUAGAAACCCUAGAAGCUGCCGUUACCUCUGCCGCCGAUCAUCCCUGGCUUAAGCCCCUCCUCUCCAUCUCCACCGAAAUCCGCACAUUCUUCGCUGAGGUUCGUUGCGGAAAUCGCGGGAGUCGCAGCUCGUUGUCUGUUCAUAAAUUUGCUGCAAUUCUUCCCGGGGAUUCUGUCGCCGGAAUUUUGGUGGCGAACGGAAUUUCUAACUUCUUGAACAUAUAUAAUACGCUUUUAGUUGUUAGGCUGGUUCUCACCUGGUUCCCUAAUUCUCCUCCGGCUAUUGUCAGUCCUCUAAGCACUAUAUGUGAUCCUUAUUUAAACAUAUUUCGUGGGAUUAUCCCUCCUCUUGGUGGCACAUUGGAUCUGUCUCCUAUAUUGGCAUUCAUUGUCCUAAACGCCUUCACCAGCACAGCUGCUGCUCUUCCUGCCGAGCAUCCUGUAAGCACAGUAUGUCAAACUUGCACUUCACCCCUGCCCUUUUUACAAAAUCUCACCUCAGCACAAGAAAAGUGGAUUAGAAGGAUGUGUGGUAGGAGAAAUAGGACAGAAGAGUAGAAGCUUUCUGAGAUUGAAGUCUGUGUGAGUUGCUUUUUCAAGUCUCUGUAUUAGAAGUAAAUUAUUUGCUCCAGCAUUCUUGUAAUCAAGUAAG